AUGGCGGAUGCCGUAGCGAAGGGUGCUGACUGUAUCAUAACGAUAGGGGGCAUCCAAAGUAACCACUGUCGUGCAACUGCAGUGGCUGCCAAGUAUCUCAAUCUUGACUGUUAUCUCAUUCUACGUACCUCCAAGGUUCUCGUGGACCAAGAUCCUGGACUGACAGGCAAUCUCCUUGUUGAACGUCUAGUUGGAGCUCAUGUUGAACUAAUUUCAAAAGAAGAGUAUGCAAAAUUCGGCAGUGGGGCUCUUACUAAUAUCUUAAAGGAAAGACUGCUAAAAGAAGGAAGAAGGCCAUAUGUUAUUCCUGUUGGUGGAUCAAACUCCCUAGGAACCUGGGGGUAUAUUGAAGCAAUUCGAGAGAUUGAGGAGCAGCUUCAGAGUGGGACCGACAAAGUAAAGUUUGAUGAUAUUGUUGUUGCUUGUGGCAGUGGGGGUACAAUUGCUGGUUUGUCAUUGGGCUCUUGGCUGAGUUCGUUGAAGGCAAAAGUCCAUGCCUUUUCUGUCUGUGAUGACCCUGAUUACUUCUACGACUAUGUUCAAGGCCUACUUGAUGGACUUGAGGCAGGCAUUGAUUCACGUGAUAUUGUUAACAUUCAAAAUGCCAGAGGUCUGGGCUACGCAAUAAACACGUCUGAGGAGCUUAAGUUUGUCACGGAGAUUGCUGCAACCACUGGGAUUGUUCUGGAUCCAGUUUACAGUGGCAAAGCUGCUUAUGGAAUGUUGAAAGACAUGGCUGGGAAUACAAAGAAGUGGGAAGGAAGAAAGAUCCUCUUCAUACACACAGGUGGGUUACUUGGGUUGUUUGACAAGGUAGAGCAGAUGGCUCCAUCAUUGGGAAAUUGGCGUCGGAUGGAUGUCCAAGAAUAUGUUCCCCCGAGUGAUGGUAUCGGAAAAAUGUUCUAG